GGGAAAAUGUGGAGGGGAAUCGAAUUCCGGUGAAAAUUCAAUUAGUCAACCAACCAAUUGAGCUACGAACUCUCAAGGAAGGCUUUACCUCCUCAGACACCAAUUGUGGAAUUACACUGGUUAUGAAUUAAUUGUUUAUUUCUCAAAGAAAAUGAAUUACUCUACAAUUUGCUUGCAUUGUCUGUGUGAAAUAAUAUACUCCCUUUGUUUCAAUUAGUUUGUCUAAUUUUGAUUUGAUACGGAAUUUAAGAAAGUAAAGGAAACUUUUGAAUCUCUUAAACUCAAGAUAUGUAGAAUGUAUUAAAAUGAUCUUUAAAUCCUAUGGUCUUAAACAUGCUAAGUGGAAAGUUGGAAUAAGAGAGUUGCCAAAAAUAGGAAAGAUGCAUUCUUUUUGAAAUGGUGCUGUUUUGUUACUUUCCUGUAGCCACUUGAUUUGUUUCUUGGAAGACGAAUUCUUAUACGUGUGAAUUUUGUUAUUGAUAAUGGAAUCGACUUUGUCCAGUUCGAUAACACACGUGGUAAGCCAAAGGAAAAAUCUCGUCUUCCUCCAGAAAGAACAGUGCUGAGAAGGGUUAAACCAUGAUCGGAAGAUGCUUAUCAGUUCAAUCAUCAAACCCAACCGAGCUAAAAGUUCAAACUUUGAAUGGAAUUCAACAUCUAGCUGAAAGUUGUCGGUUCAAGGCAUGGUUUCUGGAUCAGUUUGGCGUGCUUCAUGAUGGGAAACAGCCUUAUCCUGGUGCCAUUUCGGCCUUGGAAAAGUUGGCAACUUGUGGUGCAAAGAUGGUAAUCAUUAGUAAUUCUUCAAGAAGAGCAUCUAUAACCCUGGAAAAAUUGAGAAGCCUCGGAUUUGAUCCUUCACUCUUUAUUGGUGCCAUCACGAGUGGUGAAUUAACACAUCAGUAUCUUCAAAGGAGAGACGAAGCUUGGUUUGCCUCCCUAGGAAGAUCAUGUAUUCACAUGACUUGGAGUGACAGGGGAGCUAUAUCUCUUGAAGGGCUUGGACUACAAGUUGUAGAAAAUGUUGAGGAAGCUGAUUUUAUUUUGGCUCAUGGAACUGAAGCCUUGGGGCUUUCUUCUGGUGCCGCACUUCCCAUGAAUCUUGAUGAACUCGAGAAGAUACUGGAUCGAUGUGCUGCUAAGAAAAUCCCUAUGAUAGUAGCAAAUCCUGAUUUUGUAACCGUUGAAGCUAGAGCUCUGCGUGUUAUGCCUGGAACAUUGGCAGCCACGUAUGAAAAACUUGGCGGUGAAGUGAAAUGGAUGGGUAAACCUGAUAAGAUAAUAUACAAGUCAGCUAUGGAAAUGGCUGCUGUUCUAGAUGCCUCGGAUUGUAUUGCUAUAGGGGACUCCCUUCACCAUGAUAUCAAAGGAGCAAAUGCAGCUGGAAUUGCAUCAGCAUUUAUCACAUGCGGAAUACAUGCUGCUGAACUUGGACUUGGCAAAUUCGGGGAAAUCGGAGAUGAUGAUGCUGUACAUGCUCUUGCCUUGAAAAACAAUGCAUAUCCUACAUAUGUGCUCCCUUCAUUUACAUGGUGAAAAAAGGUACUAAUGUUUUAACUGAUAUUGUUGCAAGUCAUUGAGUAUAUUUUGAUUAUUAUGCA